AUGAAUGAAAACACAAAGUUAAACUAUUCAGUGGAUGGAAUUAAUAUAGUCUCGAAUCCUCCUAGGAAGAGGGGUAGAAACAGGGGUUUUAACUCUACGGAGUCUUUAGAGUAUAAUUUGGACACACAUGACACAAAUAUUCCAAAUAUAGACAUAAAAAUACAGGAAGAACAUGAUAAAUCUCCAAACAAAAGGGUAGUCACGGAUAAAACGGACAAAGCAGGUACUGCUACACACGACUUCAGCCAUUAUGUCUGCAAAUACGACUACUUGGACCAUCCUGCGGAUGUAAUUCUGUUAGGUGAAGGUUCAAACAUAAGAGAGGCGUUUCAAUCGGUUGCUGUUGCCUUGUACAACUACACUUCCGACCUAAAGUACGUUAGUCCUCUACACAUGAAGGAAAUUAAAGUGACAGGGAAGGGGUUACUGGACCUCUUUUAUCAUCUUUUGGAUGAGUGCCUGUAUUUGUACAGCAGUGAUUACUUUAUCGCAAAAUAUGUCAUCAUCUCAAGUGAGAUUGACAUUCCAAAGACAGCAUCUUUGGAGGUUUUCGAAACCUAUGAGUACGAAAUUGACGUGUUUUUACAUGGAGAGUAUUACGACAGGAACAAACACGUCUGCGGAACGGAAGUGAAGGCGAUUACUAUGCACUACCUGGAGCUACAACUUGCAGUUGGAGAUUGUAUUUUACAGUACAAGCACGGAAUGAUAGAUAAGGAGGGUGUUUGCAAGUUUCUGGAGGAUAUUAAAAGUUCCGGAAGCUACAAGGUGGACGACUGCAAAGCGUACGCCCUAAUAGACAUUUAGUCCCCGUUAGCGUUGUACAAGUAAAGGGAUUUUGGACGUUUAUAUCAAAAUUUCCUGUCCGUUGAAAAGGGUAAAGUAGAAGAGAAUAUGCGCAAGUACUCG